AGUUUUUCUGACAUUCAUGUCUGGUCCCUGACGGGUUUUUGUGGUUUGUUGUAAAUGGAAAAUGGCGUUUGUAUUGUAUUGAAGUGUAGUAAACAUAAAUUUAUUCUGUGGUAAACUGGGUGUAAUUUUGUGUUUGUUGACAAAGUAAAAUUGUAAUAUUAUCUGGUCAUCUGGUGAUAAUAUAACGUGGACUAAUGAGUUUAUUGACCGAUGUCUGCCGUGGCUCCCACUAUCCCCGGGGCUGACCCAGCUAAGGAUUUACAAAAACGCCGUGCCGGCAGUGUUGGAUCCGAUGAAGACGACGCAAGCGGCGGGAAAUAUACAAGGAUGGAGGAGGACAAUAUUCAAGAUAAGGAGAGAUUCGCGAGUCGCGAGAAUCAUUGCGAAAUCGAAAGACGCAGAAGAAACAAGAUGACAGCAUAUAUCACGGAACUGUCCGACAUGGUUCCAACAUGCUCCGCAUUGGCGCGGAAACCAGACAAGCUCACCAUACUGCGUAUGGCUGUAGCACACAUGAAAGCUUUGAGAGGUACAGGAAAUACCUCUACGGAUGGAACAUACAAACCAUCUUUUUUAACAGAUCAAGAAUUAAAACAUCUUAUCCUUGAGGCAGCUGACGGUUUUUUGUUUGUAGUAAGUUGCGAUACGGGUCGUGUUAUAUACGUUAGCGACAGUAUAGCACCAGUACUUAAUUAUUCUCAGGGUGAAUGGUAUUCGUCAUGUUUAUACGACCAAGUGCAUCCAGACGAUGUGGAGAAGGUUCGGGAACAAUUGAGUACCCAAGAACCACAAAACACAGGUCGCAUAUUGGACUUAAAGACUGGAACUGUUAAAAAAGAAGGUCAUCAAUCGUCGAUGCGGCAGGUGAUGGGGUCGCGGCGCGGGUUCAUCUGCCGCAUGCGCGUGGGCGGCACGGCCGAGAGCGCGCACCUGGGCCGGCUGCGCGCGCGCAACUCGCUUGGGCCCUCGCACGAUGGGCACAACUACGCCGUCGUGCAUUGCACGGGAUAUAUUAAGAACUGGCCUCCUACAGAUCUUUUUCCAGGUAUGCAGAUAGAUCGUCCGGUUGAAGAAGAUCUUCAUGCGUCUCAUUGUUGCCUUGUUGCGAUUGGUCGACUGCAAGUAACGUCAACACCAAACACAUCCGAGAACAGUUUAUGCAACGGAGGAGUGGAAUUUGUGUCGCGGCAUUCUGUCGAUGGUCGCUUCACUUUCGCCGACCAGCGCGCCACUCAAGUGGUGGGGUACGCGCCGGCAGACUUGUUAGGGAAGCUCUGUUACGAAUUUUACCAUCCAGAAGAUCAGCAACAUAUGAGAGAUAAUUUUGACCAAGUGCUGAAGUUGAAGGGUCAAAUAAUCUCUUUGAUGUACCGAUUUCGAACAAAAAAUAGAGAAUGGAUAUGGUUAAGAACUUCCGCUUUCGCUUUCUUAAAUCCAUACAAUGACGAUGUAGAGUACAUAGUAUGUACGAACACGCUAGCAAAUCGGUCGCUAGGCAGCACUGCCGGUGAGCCGGCUGCAGAAGAAAAUUACGACUACCAUUUGCGACACCGCGACGUGUACCAGACCCAGCCUACGACACUUCAUCAUCAGCACCACGCGCCUCAAGCGGAUAUGGGCGCAGGCAGCGCGCACGGCGUGAGCGGCGCGGUGAGCGGCGCCGUGAGCGGCGCGGUGAGCGGCGCCGUGAGUGGCGCGGUGAGCGGCGCGCGCUCGCCCGCCGAGCCCGUCGCCGCGCCGCCCUACGCCGCGCACUACGCGCCCGACUACUCGCCGCACCGCCCCGCCAACACGCCGCCGCACACCACGUGGACCACAUUGCGACCCAGCGGCGGUGCAGGUGCAGGUGAGAGCUAUGCGUACAGUGGGGAGGGAGGCCCCGGCGGUGCGCCCGAAGGCAGCCCGGCGCGAUCGCCACCGGCACCCGCCUAUCUUCCACCUGCACACUACCACCAUAACCAUCACCCGCAUCCAACACAUGCAGGCAUGUGGGCGUGGCAGACGGGCGCGACGGCGGGCGGCGGCGGCGGAGUGGCGGGGGUGGGGGGCGGCGCCGCUCCGGCCGCUGCCGACACCACGCAUGCGCCGCACGAGCUGUCCGACAUGCUGCAAAUACUGGACCAGAGUGGCACUGCCGCAUUCGAAGACCUCAAUAUAAAUAUGUUCAACCCGAACUUUGAAUAAACUUUGUAUGUUUAUGGCUAUGUAUCGUUUUACGAGUAAAAAAAUAUAUGGUGCUGAUCUUUCGGAGAACCGCCGUGUAUUCAUGGUGGACCAGUACCGUCGGUCUCGUCUUUGUGAAUUUUAAAUGGGUGUAAGUUGCGAACAAUGGCAUGCGAAACUGGCGGAUGAAGAUAUGAAUAUUAUUUACCAUUAGGUAUUAUUAUUAUUUUUUAUUCUAAAUACAUCCACGUGUAAAAAUUAAACGCUAAAACAGACCAUACUUAACAUUUAUAAAGAAUGAAACAUAGUUAAUUUACGAAAUCAUUUUAUUGGGAGUCUGACUAAAAUGUUUACAUAUUGCUUUCGAAUAGUAACUUGCAAAAUGUGUCCAUUAAGGCAUAAGGAAGAUUUUUCUGUUGUAGUAUUUAAUCUAGUACAUGUUAAGUUUUGGACUUUAGAAUUUAAAAGGUAUAUGAGUUAUCAAACAUAGGCGGCAUAUUUAUCAGAUAUAACAUUUAUUUGAUUAUUUAAUAUAGUGACGCAAUAUUUACGAAUACAAAUAUUCGUUUUCGAAAAAAGAGCCAAUUAUAGUAUAUUGACAAUAGACAAAUAUAAAAAUAAUACGUAAAAUAUUAUUCGGAGCAGACAUUGAGAAUCUGGUGUGAAGACCACACAUUACACCUUUUAUCACUAAAAUGAAAUAAGUAUAUCAAUAUAAAACAUUCCUCUAUGAUAAUUUCAGUAGCUAAAAAUAUUCCAACACCUAAACGAAAUCUUCUGACGUCUAUGAACUUAUUUUUUUUUUUUACAAUAAUAAUUUACUCAAAUUAAUUUUAAUAAUUAGAUACGAGGUUGGCUUAAUCAGCUGAAUACGUUAGUGACUAAGAGGGAAAUAAAUGUGUUUUAUUUUUCAACAUAUCUUUGUUUAAUUUAAUGUUUGUUUCAGCAGUGUCUCAAUUAAGUCCUUGACUCUGAGAAAUAGAGCACAAUUUAAUGUAUAAUCAUAUUAAUUAUUUCCCUUGAAAUUAGUGAAGUAACACAGAUUGUAACAAAGGUGCCCUCAUGGGUUCAAUCAGUAGUCUGCACAAUAAAACUGCCUGAUAUUGUAAUGUCUUUCUCUGUCUCACAUCGCAGUACUGAAUAAGUUUUACGACUCUUGGAGUAUCUAUCUUCAGGAAUGCGAUACCUGUAAAUAUGACUAGUUUUAAAACUUUUUCUGCGGCUUACAUUUGUUCUGGGCUCAUACCAGGCGUAUGAUAUAAAAACGGGCCACAACUCAGUUCUACAGCUGCGAUGCGGCAAAGUACAUACGCUGUGUUUUGCGUACCCGUUGCGCAUACCAAUUCCGGAAAUUGCACGGCGCGUCGUAGCGCCCAUUUUGACACGCCAGGCGUUGUAGAUCUACAUACUGGACUCCGAGUUACCUACGCAAGUGCAGAACACAUAAAUGACAACACACUUGGCGCGUGACAUGCUGCCCAAAAGUAAUAAUUGUUAUGGCGCCGCAGUUAACGCAUUAUUAUGUGGGUUAGAUAACCAAAAUCGAACUUAAUUUUCCUUAUCUUUAUGAUAACUGAAAUAUUUUCAAAACUUGUGUGCAGAUCGCAAACUAUGAUGUAAACUAAGUAACUAGCUUAGCUUAACUUUCUACAAUCGGUGUAAUGCGCGAUGAAGUUAUAAAAACUUCACAAUAUUAAUACGUUUGUUAUCUAUUCGCAGGAUAGUAAAAUGCUCGGAGUCUAUUUGUAUUCGUAAUGUUAAUAUUUAUUGCAUCACUAUGUCUUUAACGUCUUAUGAUGAAGAUUAUAACAUUAUGUCACGUAGUGCAAGUAUACGUUAAUAGAUAUUAUUUUUCGUAAAAAUACAAUGAAAUUGUUCAAAACAUUAAAAGUACAUCGGGCAGGUCUUUUCUUCGGUCAUAUAAACAUACUUGUUACGUAAAAAACAUUUUCCGCGACUAAAUAAGGUCACGAAAACAUCGUGAAAGCCAUAAGUUCUCUUUGAUUUUAAAAAUGUGUGAGGCAGUGUCCUAGAACUAGUAUUGCCUUGCAUAAGCCUUUACUUUUUCUGCUCGCAUGUCGGUUUCAAUUCAUUAUACCAUCGGGGGUGUUUUUAAGUUAAAAAUGUUAGUAAUUCAGUAAGUACUUUAUUUUUACUUAUGCAUUCUUAAAAGCAAAGUUAUUACACAGAUACAUCUCAGUUUAUCUAAAAGAAGUGGAAUUAUUUUUAUACGUUUAAAAAAUGAGUUUGGCGUAAAUGAACAGCUUAAUAAUUAUUAAAAUUAUUGAUUAAUAAUAUGCAGAUUGGAGAAAAACAUUUAAAACACAACUAUUUUUGUUGCAUUUCGGGGGACCUUAGUAUUAGAUACCUACUUAGAAAGGUACCAAUAUUUUUAUGUAGUUUCCCAUUUUAUUUAAGUUAUAUUCUUAUUAGUACCUAGUAAUAAACGCACACCAUUUAUGAUUAGGAGUUAAUGUUUUAUUUUUUUUAUUUAGGUAACAACAUAUAAGGUAUUUUUUUUUAAAUCUAGUUUUUUUCACUAUAAUUUUUAUCUAAUCCAUCUGUGUUCUCGACCAGCGGCUGGGUUAAACUAAAUGGUAAUAAUCCUUCUCAUACCUAAUAAUGAUAUUUAUAAAAAAAAAAA